CUCUUUCUUUCUCCCCCUCAACUCAAUCUCCAACGUACCAAAACCCUAAUCCAAAAAUAUCUCCCCCAAAAAUUAAAAAAACCAUGACCUCAUCCACGAACAGCACCAGCAAUUUGGAAGAUCUCCUGCUUCAGACCUUGAUGGGUCUCCUUCAAAUCAGGCCACCAAACGGCAACGUUUCCGAUCCUUUCCGCUCUCAACAGUCCCUCGAAGACCUACUCUCUGACGCAGCCAAUCUCUCAGAUUCUUCAUCCGUUGGCGACUCAAACAAAACCCAACUCUCCAAAGAAGAAUCGAAGCUCGAAGAAGAGAUAAUCAAGAUCAUCCUGUCCGGCAAGAUCGAAUCGCUUAAGCCCAACUCGGGCCAAGCUGUUACGAUAGGGGAACGCCACAUCUGUGUCGGAUUUCAUGAGGAAACGGGUUCGGAUUAUCGGGUCUGGGAGUGGCACGGGCAUAUAAUGCUUUUUGACAUGGAGACUGGGUACUCGCCUGAAUAUAUAUAUGGGAAUUAUUUUGAGAAGUUGCAUUAAUUAUUUUAGGAUUUUGGGAUCAGUGUUUAUUGUUAUAAAUACUAACUGGACAUAAAGUCCUAAAGUACUGCAUCUCUAUUGUCAAAUUUGAAUAAUUUUCUAUCCUGAAUAAUUAUAUUUUUUGUUGAAAUUUUAUUUCAA